GCAGGUAAGAAUAGAAAAUUGUGUUCUGUAGCUUAUUUGUAGUAUGAUAACCGCUUGCUAGACUUAUAGGUAGCAGCAGUCACGUAAACGAGACAGUAAUCUAACACAAAUAUGAACGUUCGUUAGGCAUUAAUAGUGAAUUACAAGAGGACGAGAAUGAGUCGACGAAAUGAUCACUCUUUUUCUGAUUAUGGACCGCCGAAUACAUACACUGCUCAUGGAAGCAUCACACCAACCCAGCGAAGUGCAGAAACAACCCAUGGUUAUACCCACCACACAAGACACUCGACCGUAAAUCCAGCAUCCUACAACUCUCAGCGAACAAGCAACUCAGAAAAAGCCGAGCUCUACGACCCGUAUGAUCCUGAUCCUGGCUCAUCAUCAGACUCUGAAUUGGAGCCUUCCAAAGGCAGGGAAGACCAUCACAGGCACAGAGUUAGUGGAGGGAGCAGCCGCCUGAGUAGUGGAUAUCAAGGCUCUGCUUCAGUAGCUGGACAUCAUGAUGGCUUCAACUGGGAUUUGUUAUCCUCUCGGCCCGGUACCAGACAUGAGCAGUCCAGCCAUGGCAUCAAACAUGAGCAGUCCAGCCAUGGCUCCAUACCUGACCGGUCUAGCCAUGACCACUCAGAACGGCCGUUGCCCACGACAGAAACCCCACUAUUACCCCUCAAUGCAUAUUGGGGGCAGGGGGAAAAUGGGAGAGAAAUGUCCACAACCACAGUACCUGGCAAAGAGACAAGAAAUCCACCAGGGUUUACCUGGUCCCACUGGGAUACCAACCCCAUUCAUGGCCAAUCAGAAUCUAGUGGAAGAGGAGGGGACCAAACCAAGUCACCCUCAGAGGUCACAAAGAAGAGAAGCAGAAGCCCAAAUGAGGACAUACCGAGUGAUUUUUUCACCUGUGACAUGUGUAACUUGGAUUUCCAUAAAGCGAGCACCCUUGAGGUGCAUCUGAAGUGCAAUAGUCACUGGGAGACCCUGGAGCACAUCCAAAAUCAAAACAACUACGACGACACGGCAAUCGCCUUUUUGCAUGAGGCCGUGUUAACCAAAGUCCGGCAAGGUGAUAGACUGCAGAUGAACAGACAUAGCCUUAGAGCAUUGCAGGACAAGGAUUACAUGACAAAGUUAGAUAUUUUCCACUGUGCUCCUUGCCAAGUCUACGUCUCCGUACAUCCAUCAUCACUGCAGGAUCACCUGAGCUCCAAAGACCACCUGAGGAACAAAAUGGAAUUUAGAACGAARCAGUUGCGGGAAAGUGUGAACUUUGCGAAGGCGACCAUGAAACAAAUGAAUACUGAGUAUGCAAGCUUCUGUGAGGGCAAUGAUCCUUUUGAACAGUCAUCAUGAGGGCCAUGAAGAAUAGAUAAACAGUUGAUGUGAACUGCUAGCUACUGGCUGUGGACAACUAUGGACAGCCAACAACCACCUAUCAAAA